GCGCAGCCGCCGCCGCAGACCGAACGCCGCGGAGCCGCCGAGAGGUCGCGGGUGUCGCCGCGUCCCCGCCGGGAUGAGCCACCGCCACAGCCAGCGCCGCGGCCCCCGGGCCGACAUGGUGCCCGAGAUCGCCGCCGCCGUGGGCUUCGUGUCCGGCCUGCUGCGGACGCGGGGUUGCGUCAGCGAGCAGCAGCUGCAGGUGUUCAGCGGGGCGCUGCGGGAGGCGCUCACAGAGCACUACAGACACCACUGGUUCCCAGAGAAACCCUCCAAAGGCUCCGGCUACCGCUGCAUCCGCAUCAACCAGCGCAUGGACCCGCUGAUCAGCCGUGCCGGGGGGCACGUGGGGCUGGGGCUGCCCCAGCUGUUCCAGCUGCUGCCCCGCGAGCUCACGCUCUGGGUGGAUCCCUUCGAGGUGUGCUACCGCAUCGGCGAGGACGGCUCCAUCUGCGUCCUCUACCAGGCCAGCAGAGCCCCCAGCUCCUGCGGAGGGAUGCUCACCUGCAAGAACCAGAUGAUGCUGGGCCGUAGCAGCCCUUCCAAAAACUACAUCAUGACUGUUUCCAGUUAAAAAAAAAAAAAACAAACAAACGAAAAAAAACAACAAACCCCGAAAAAAAAAAAAAAUAAUCUCCUCCUUGUCCUUACACUGCCAAGACACAGGCUACUGUAAUACCUCAAGCUGAGGAUCUAUUUUUAAGAUGAAGAGCUAUUUAUAUUUUUUAAAAAAAAACCAAAAACCUCCAGAAAAUCCAAAAUUAAAAUGUUGGGCGCCGCUCCGAGCUGAGGCGACGCCCCAGGUGCCUUUUCUAAA